UGCUCUUGGAAUGGCUCUUGGUUAUUUUCCAGCGAUGACCAUUUUCCUCUUACUGGAAACUGCCAAGAUUACUGGCGGAGCCACAACCAAGCCCACAACUUCUCCUCCGACAACAUCAAAGCCACGCCCUUUUGCAUCUGUGGCUGACACCACUAGUGGCACGGAAACUACCACACCAGCAACGGAGACCAAUAGGUACUCCCCCUCUUCCAUUGCUCUCCUCUCUAAAACAACCAGUCCGUGGAGCACCGUUGGAGAAAGUCUGACUACCAACUACCUUGGUACAACACCUUCCCCUUCCUCCCCUGAAGCGUCCAUUCCUGCUGGCACCUCAGAUGUUCCUGUGGCUUCUUCAUCCCUUGCAGUAACCUCCAUCUCUAGCACUGGUUUUGGGGGCCCUUCUUCUGAAGGGACCACUCACCCACCAGAGACAACCAUGCUUGUCAUCAGCUCCACCACACAGGAGAUGAGCUCCAGCCUUCCUUCUCCAACUUCCCAAGACAAGAGGACAUCUGAAGGUCUAUUGACCUCCACCGCAGAGGAGAUGAGCUCCAGCCCUCCUUCUCCCACUUCUCAAGACAAGAGGACAUCUGAAGGUCUAUUGACCUCCACCGCAGAGGAGAUGAGCUCCAGCCCUCCUUCUCCAACUUCCCGAGACAAGAGGACAUCUGAAGGUCUAUUGACCUCCACCGCAGAGGAGAUGAGCUCCAGCCCUCCUUCUCCAACUUCCCAAGACAAGAGGACAUCUGAAGGUCUAUUGACCUCCACCGCAGAGGAGAUGAGCUCCAGCCCUCCUUCUCCAACUUCCCAAGACAAGAGGACAUCUGAAGGUCUAUUGACCUCCACCGCAGAGGAGAUGAGCUCCAGCCCUCCUUCUCCAACUUCCCAAGACAAGAAGACAUCUGAAGGCCCAUCGACCAUCAUCUCCAUCAUGACGCAGGAAGAAUCUACAAGCGAGAAACAUCUUAGUUCUCCUCCUUUUACAAUGAAUACUUCCCCCAUGUUGGUUCCCCUUCCUACUCCAACAGUAGCAACUUCCAUACCUCUGAGUGCCAGUUCUGGAGUUGGAGACACCACUGGCUCUUCAGAAGCUACCACGAGUUCUGAGGCUGAGAUCACCAGCUGGUGGCCGGGAAGCGCUCACUCCACAACUUCGACCUCCACCGCAGAGGAAGUGAACUCCAGCCCUCGUUCCCCAACUACCCUGGACAAGGGGACAUCUGAAGGCCUAUUGACCUCCAACGCAGUGAACUCCAGCCCUCAUUCUCCAACUUCCCAAGACAAGAGGACAUCUGAAGGUCUAUUGAUCUCCACCGCAGAGGAGGUGAGCUCUAGCCCUCAUUCCCCAACUCCCCUGGACAAGAGGAUAUCCGAAGGCGUAUCGACCUCCACCACAGAGGAGGUGAGCUCCAGCCCUCGUUCUCCAACGUGGUUUCUUCUUACUUCAACACUAGUGACCUCCACGCCUACGAGUGUGAUUUCUGGAGUUGGAGACACAACCAGCUCUUCAGAAGUUACCACAGGUUCUGAGGUUGAGAUUACCGGCUGGAGGCCAGGAACCUAUGUCUCCUCAACUUCCUCUUCAGUUACUCAAGACAGAAGCACCCUAAACGUUACAUCCACCGGUCUUCUGUCUUCUAACUCAGGAAGGACCAGCUUCAGACUAUCUGCUCCGUCCUCCACAAAUCCCACAAGUGAAUGUCCUGCAACCACCUUGAAAAUCCUUUCUUCCACCCCAACAUCUUCGUCAGCUUCAACGAGUCUCCCUAAAACUCCAGGAGAAGCCACAACCGAGAUCACAACUUUGCCUUCAACAAGUGUGCCCACAUCAGAGCCACGUCCUUCCACUUCUGUGCCUGAUACCACUGGUGUCACGGGAACUAUUCCAACAGCAGGAGAGACCAUGGGGUCUCUCCCUUCUUCUGUGGCUUUCGUCUCCAAUGUGACCAGUCCGUGGAGCACCCUUGGAGAAACAAGUCUUCAUGGAAGAGCUACAACACUGCCCUCCCCUUCCUCACCUGAUGCUUCCAUUCCUGCUGGCACCCAGGGUGUCUCUCCAGCUUCUACAUCCCUUGAAAUGACCUCCAUCUCCACCACUGGUUUUGGAGGUCCUUCAGAAGAAGGGACCAUUUACCCAGCAGAGUCAACCAUGCCUUUCAUUAGCUCCACCACAGAGGAGAUGAGCUCCAGCUCUCGUUCUCCAACUCCCCAGGGCAAGAGGACAUCCGAAGGCCUAUCGACCUCCACCGCAGAGGAGAUGAGCUCCAGCCCUCGUUCUCCAACGUGGUUUCUUCUUGCUUCGACACUAGUGACCUACACGCCUACGAGUGCCAAUUCUGGAGUUGGAGACACAACCAGCUCUUCAGAAGUUACCACAGGUUCUGAGGUUGAGAUCACCAAGUGGAGGCCGGGAAUCACUCCCUCCUCAACUUCCUCUUCAGUUACUCAAUACAGAAGCACCCCGAAAUUUACAUCCGCUGGUCAUAUGUCUUCCAACCCAGGAAAGUCCAGCCUGGGACCAUCUCCUCCGUCCUCCACAAAUCCCACAAGUGAAUAUCCUGCAACUUCCUUCAAAGUUCUUUCUUCCACCCCCAUAUCUUCUUCAGCUUCAACGAGUCUCCCUAAAACUCCAGCCGGGACUCGCUUCAUCCUCUCGGUGAGAUUCAGCACUCAGUUAAACAUCAGGGAUCCUUCCGUCGCUCAUGCGGUGCGAAAGUGGCUCAAUGAGGAACUGCAGGCAAGAUUUCCUGUUGGCAGCUUCAGCCUGACCUGGAUUGGCUAGCAAAGAAGUUGGAAAAGAAAGCGAUCAGAAAGCGACCAAUUUGUGCCUCUUCUGGAUCAAUGCGUGGUCAUAACGUACAUAAUUGCGGAUUUCAGCUUUUUUUUAAUUCUUAUUUUUUCGGGCCAGCCGAUUCCAAGACUCCACAAAUGCUCUGUUCAAUUUUUGUGAAAAAUCAAGUGUCAAAUUCUCCCCUACGGUGCGAAACGCACAAAAUCAAGAGGUCGGCUGUGUUCACACAAUACCCACCAACCUUUCAAACUAUUUCCGCAUAACUCUAAGUGAGCUUAAGAUCUCUCUUAAUUCCUUUUACUGGCUGAGCAUCUUGGACAGAAAAUCCAGCCCGUCUGGUUAGAUUACAGCUUAAUACAUUGA